AUGAUUAGUCAUCGAUUAAAAGCAGUACCUGUUACAGGCUAUUAUCAAUAUAUACCGCAAAUUCAUCAUCGAGUUGAUGUUGCACCUUCUAAGGAAAUUGGUAGCAUAGAAACAACGACAACAACUGUUCCAUCUGCAACUAUGGGGAUAGACAAUAAUAAUCAAGAAUCUAUAACAAAUUCGUCAUCUUCUGAUGACGUAGAACUAUUGUCUUCGGAUCUUAACGAUAGAGAUGUGACGCAGUGGUCAUCAACUCAAGUACAACAUUGGAUUGAAGAACAAUGUCAAAAAUUCGAACUAAAGAAAGCAACAACUGCAAAAUUUCAAAUGAAUGGUCAAGCAUUAGUACUCUUGACAAAACAUGAUUUUCUUAGACGUUCACCAGAUGGAGGAGAAAUACUUUACUAUGCGCUGCAACGAAUCAUUAAACCAAAUAAAUUCAAUCCUGGUCGCACUAAUCAAGAUUCGAUAAAAAAUGAUUCAGACCGUCAAAAUCCUCGAAUUGUUGAAGUUGGUUCAGAUACAGAAGAUCAUAACAGUUGCACAAGCUCUACAACAUCAGCAAAACCAAUUGUUGAAGAACCUGAUGAUCCACCAUUACCUCGUAAGCAAGAAUCAGAUAAAGCAUAUGAAAAUCAUCAAAAUCGUUCUCAAUCAUUCAUCUAUAACAAUUCUGGCACUCGUCAAACAAUUUAUACAAUGCCUGCUUCUGCUGCUGCUGCCGCUGCUGCUUAUUAUCAUCAACAACAACAAGCAUAUCCUAAUGGUUUCAUAUAUACUCAUCAUCAUGUUCAUCCAAAUAUGACUCAACAACAAUUUUAUCAUCCACGUCAACAUUCAUAUCCUCAAUUUAUUCAUCAAUAUUAUCAAACAAUGGUUGCUCAAGGAAUUUUAAUUGAAGUACUCGAUAAUGAAGAUGCAAAAAAACUUGCUGCCAAUGGAUAUAAUUUACCAUCGAAUGAAACUUCAACUAAUGGUUCUACUUUGGAUGAUAAAAAACAACUUUAUCUUGUUACAAUGAAUGGACAACAAUAUGUUAUGAACGAAGAACAAAUUAGACGAUUUGUAGCAGAUGUUCAUCAACAACAACAGCAACAGUAUCAACAACAACUUCUUCAACAACAACAACAACAACAACAACUUCAUCAACAACAGCAACAAUUUCAUCAGCAACAACAACAAUUUCGUCAGCAACAACAGCAGCAGCAACAACAACAACAACAACAACAACAACAUUACACCUACUAUCAACAACCAUCUCAGGAUAAUGUUUAUUAUACUUUAUAG